GGAGCAGCUGGGCUUUGUAGUCAGGCACGUUAACAGUGCAACGUGGUGGCACGAGCACCUUUCUGAAGAGAACCUGGAGUUCCUCAAGAAGAGAGCUGACGAGGAGUACAGAGCCCAGACAGCCAGCAAGCUGUGCCCCCUGAAGGACGAGCCCUGGCCGCUGAACGCGUGGACACCAGGGUCGGUGCGGGUGGGCGUCGUGGCGGUGAAGCUGGGGAUGAUGCCAAUGUGGACCAAGGCAGGAGAGAAGCGCCCUGUCACCCUGCUGAAGGUGCAGGACUGCCACGUGCUGAGGCACAUCCCCAAGGAGGAGUCGGGCGGGAAGAUGUCGAAGCUGCUCGUCGGGGGCAAAAACGUGUCUCCCUUUUCU